AUGAAGAGAAGCCGCUCAUCAUCCCCAUCGCCGCACGGCGGGGAUGGGAAGCGCACUCGUCGCUGCUCCUCGCCCGACCUCGGGUGGGGGGGCAGCGACCCCUUCGCCGGCUUCUUCGCCAACCUUCGGCGACCAGUCACCCCUCCGCCCGCCGCCAUCGCGGCACCAGUCCUUUCCGCUCCGGCUGCUCCUGCUGCCCUCCCCCCCUCCAUGUGGCUGGGCCCUCGCAGAAGCAGAUUUAUCCCUCACGCCCCCCCCGCCGCCUAUCGGCGCGAGCUGGCCGAGCGGACCGAGAGGGAGAGGGCGGAGAAGGAAGAGAGGGAGAAGUCGGAGGCUGCUGAAGAAGAGGAGAGCGAGGAGGACGAGGAUGGGGAUGUGGAUAUGGGUGGGGUGAACGCCCGAUAUAGGGGCAGGGGGAAGAAGAGGUCGAAGAGGGUGAGGGCGAGGAAAGCGGCUGCGAAAGCGCUGCGGAAGAGGCUGGAGAAGGGGAGGAAGGAGGCCGAGGAGGAAGAGGCGGCUCGGGCCUGGGCGCCAGAGCAGGAGGUGGGUAGGGAUGGUGGGGUGGGGGGUUGUUUUGACGAGAGAGGUGGGGAUGAGGAGGAGUACGAGGGGGGUGAUGAGUACGAGGAGGAGGAUUUGUACUCAGCGGAUUGUCUGCGGGGGCUGAGAUGUUCUUCGUCGAUCUAG